CGUGUUGCGUCGCGUCGCUCAGUCAGUCUCUCAGUACAGAGACGCGGGGGCGCUGUUGACGCUGACGGCGCGCUUCAUUCUGUCGCUCUCUGACCGGAGCGCUUCACACAAACUGCCCAGUGAGUUGGACGCACUCAGCGGCUCGGCUGCACCUCGUUCACCGCUCUCACUGCCGUCCGGGAAAGUAGUGGAAGUCACUGGCUCUUAUUUGCGUACGCGCUCACACGGACUAUUACCACCGUUGCGGACUCUAGAGAUAUUGGGAUUAUUACACGUCACAUAUUUCACAGAGCUCACUGACUCUUUGCGGCUUCUCACCUACAUGCACAGGAGAAAUAUUGAGGCACUUCAUUUGAUUUCCGUGGUAGAUGCCCAGUGCCCUAUGCCCCUGUCCCAGCAGUACUGAGCAGUGUCCCGUGGACCCCCAUGGCGGAGGGAAGGCCCCUGGCCCACGGCCUCGUCCUGCUGCACAGCCUGCUGCUGCUGCUGAUGCCCAGAGGAGUGCCCUGCCGGGGGGCCAUACGGGCCCCGGAGUCCCCCUGCCACAGAGCUGAACACCCGCUCAUCUCUCACACAGACAUCGAGCCAUGGAUCCACCGAUUCAGAGCUGAAGGCACUGUCGAUUAUUCACAGCUGACCUUUGACCCAGGCCAGAAUGAACUCAUCGUGGGUGCAAGAAAUCAUCUCUUCAGGCUACAGUUAGAGGAUCUUUCAUUGAUCCAGGAGGCAGAAUGGCAUUGCGAUGAAUUUACCAAAGGAGCCUGUUUCAGUCGGGGUAAAUCAGAGGAGGAGUGCCAGAAUUACAUCCGUGUCCUCCUCGUCAACGGCGACAGGCUAUUUACCUGCGGAACAAAUGCAUUCACUCCUAUUUGCACCAAUCGCACGCUGACUAACCUGACUGAGGUCCAUGAUCAAAUCAGUGGGAUGGCACGGUGCCCCUAUAACCCUCUGCAUAAUUCCACCGCCCUCAUCACUUCCAGCGGAGAACUGUAUGCUGCAACUGCAAUGGACUUUUCAGGCAGAGACCCAGCCAUCUACCGCAGCUUGGGAGGACUUCCACCUCUGCGUACUGCUCAGUACAACUCCAAAUGGCUCAAUGAGCCCAACUUCGUCUCUUCCUAUGACAUCGGCAACUUCACGUACUUCUUCUUUCGUGAAAAUGCUGUGGAGCACGACUGCGGCAGGACUGUUUUCUCUCGGGCCGCCCGCGUCUGUAAGAAUGACAUCGGGGGCCGUUUCCUUCUGGAGGACACCUGGACCACCUUUAUGAAGGCCCGGCUCAACUGCUCACGGCCUGGCGAGAUCCCAUUCAACUACAAUGAGCUGCAGGGAACCUUCUUUCUGCCUGAGCUCGAGCUCCUCUAUGGGAUUUUCACCACUAAUGUUAACAGUAUUGCGGCCUCAGCAGUGUGUGCCUUCAAUCUGAGCGCUGUUACCCAAGUGUUCAGCGGCCCUUUCAAGUACCAAGAGAACUCGCGCUCCGCUUGGCUUCCUUACCCCAAUCCUAACCCCGACUUCCAGUGUGGUACUAUAGAUUUUGGCUCGUAUGUGAACUUAACGGAGAGGAAUUUGCAAGAUGCUCAGAAGUUCAUCCUGAUGCAUGAGGUGGUGCAGCCUGUGGUUCCUGUGCCGUAUUUCAUGGAGGACAAUGUGCGCUUCUCCCAUGUGGCUGUGGACGUGGUGCAGGGCAAAGACAUGCUCUAUCACAUCAUUUAUCUGGCAACAGAUUACGGCACCAUUAAGAAGGUGCUCUCCCCGCUGAACCAGACCACGGGCAGCUGCUUGCUGGACGAGAUUGAGCUUUUCCCCCUGAAGAAGAGGCAGCCCAUUCGUAGCCUGCUCAUCCUUCACAGCCGCAGUGAGCUAUUUGUAGGAGUCAGAGAGCAGGUCAUCAAAAUCCCCCUGAUGCGCUGCAACUUCCACAAGUCUAGAGAAGCCUGUGUGGGGGCCAGAGAUCCAUACUGCGGCUGGGAUCUGGUGCUCAAGAAAUGCACCACGCUGGAAGAGAGCGUCAGCAUGAGCCAAUGGGAGCAGAGCAUUACACGCUGUCCUGUGAGGAACGUGACUGUGGAUGGUCAUUAUGGAGCCUGGUCAGGAUGGAAAACUUGUAGUCACAGUGAUGGUGGCAGUGUUGGUUCGUGCCAGUGUCGAACCCGAGCGUGUGACAGUCCAAGUCCUCAAUGUGGAGGACAGCCUUGCCAAGGAAUUAGUGUUGAAGUGGCAAACUGCUCCAGAAAUGGAGCAUGGACACCGUGGACGGCCUGGGCUCCAUGCAGCACCAGUUGUGGGAUUGGAUUCCAGGUUCGGCAGCGGUCCUGCAGUAACCCCACUCCCAGACAUGGAGGACGCGUCUGUGUGGGCCAAAACCGGGAGGAGAGAUACUGCAAUGAGCAUCUGCCGUGUCCUCCACAUGUCUAUUGGUCAGCGUGGUCUCCUUGGGAGCGCUGCACAGUUCCUUGCGGUGGAGGAAUCCAGUCACGGCGACGAACAUGCGAGAAUGGAAACGAAUGCCCUGGAUGCAGCACUGAAUUCCAGUCCUGUAACACCCUCCCCUGUCCGGACCUGAAGAAGACAACACCCUGGACACCAUGGACCCCAGUAAACAUCUCAGACAAUGGCGGCCACUAUGAGCAGCGCUUCAGAUACACCUGUAAAGCUCGAGUCCCAGAGCCUGGCCUGCUGGAAGUUGGACGACAGCGAAUCGAAAUGAGGUACUGCUCCAGCGACGGCUCCACGGGCUGCUCCACUGACGGAGAUUUGCUACGUUCUGGACGUAUCACUGGAUUGACAGUAAACGGAGGCUGGUCCGUCUGGGGCCCCUGGAGCCAGUGUAGUCGAGACUGUAGCUCAGGUGUUCGAAACCGCAAACGCACCUGCUCCAACCCCAAACCCAAGUACGGAGGAAUCACCUGCCUCGGGCCAGCCCAGGAGUUCCAGGAGUGCAAUACCACACCAUGUCCAGUGGACGGGAGCUGGUCGUGCUGGUCACCUUGGUCGAAAUGCUCAGUGACAUGCGGCGGAGGCCAUUACAUGCGCACACGCUCCUGUAACAACCCUCCACCUGCCUAUGGAGGUGACAUCUGCCUGGGUUUGCAUACUGAAGAGGCCCUCUGCAACAUCCAGCCUUGUCCUGAGAGCUGGUCUGAUUGGUCAGAAUGGUCCCCCUGUGACUCAUCAGGGUCUCAGGUUCGCCUCCGGCAUUGUGACGUCUUGUUUCCUACCGGCAACCAGUGCUCUGGCAACAGCAGCGAAACUCGUGCCUGUCUGCCCAUCUCCAACUUCAUCCCAGAAACGUCUGUUGCGCGUUCCAGUCAGGAGGAAAGAUGGUGUGGAGACUUCAAUGUGUUUCACAUGAUCGCUGUGGGUCUGAGCAGCUCCAUACUCGGCUGCUUGGUGACUUUACUAGUGUACACAUACUGCCAGAGAUACCAGCAGCAAUCCCAUGAUGCCACGGUCAUCCAUCCUAUCUCUGCUGCCCCGCUCAACACCAGCAUCACCAACCAUAUCAACAAACUGGACAAGUACGACUCAGUUGAAGCCAUUAAGGCUUUCAAUAAGAAUAACUUGAUCCUGGAGGAAAGAAAUAAGUAUUUCAACCCUCAGCUAGCAGGAAAAACAUAUACCAACGCAUAUUUCACUGACGUCAACACAUACGACGACUUUUAAAGCUGGAUCUGUGAUUCCAGUCAUCUUCACCACCAUCUUCAGCACCUAGUGAUAUUUUCUUUGCCUCUUUUUCUUCACCCGGAUAAAUAAAAAAGACAUUUUAUGUUGGACCAUUUCACCAUCAAAGGCCAAUAACGCUGUACAGAACCAUUUUCAGACUUAACAAGGACAUCAUGCUUUCCAGUUGUGGACAUCCCUGAAUGAAAUUGAACUCCGGUGGACAAAUAAAGCAGGCAAUUUGAUUCAACCACUGAUAAACUCUUGCUGUAGAGAUGACACAUGGACGCUUUGCAUGAUUCUCAUCUAAUGUGUUUUUUCUUUAAGCGUCGCUUCAUUUAUUUGCAUGGUUGGUUGCAUUCCAGUGUUUGUGGGCGUGGCCUGCAUCAUAAGUGGGUGGAGCCUUGUUUCCUGUGCCGAAUCAGAAGCCCCUGUGCCUCACUGAGGACCUACAGUGGUCUCCAGUGCAUCAGCCUGCCCUAAAAUGAGGUUUUGCCACAACAGACACACACACACACACACACACAUACAACCCAUGUGUAGAUAACAAAGAAUGUGUUCAUGUAUCUCUCAGUAUGGGGCACUUGUUAGUUGAGCUCUUAGCAGUGGUGGGAAUCUCUGUUUUGUUUUUAGUUGUUUUGUUUUUCUGUUGUUGUUGUUGUUGUACAAAACACUUUUCAUGACGCAUAUGUCUGUAGCUUUUAUAGAUGAGUCUAUUCUGAAGAAAAGAGAAGUGUUUCAAAGUAACCCUGUUCAGUCACCCAAACGAGACUUGUCAUAUUAACAUUCGUCUGGUGUAAGGUCUGCAAAAAACAAACAAAAAACAGAGAGAAUGUGAAACACUACAGGACCUUUUUAUGUAAAACAUUGAUCAUUUGAAUAUUAUCAACAUGUUUCUAUUUGUUUAGUUGUUUAAGUAGAUUUAACGAGAAGACAAGUAUUAUAUAUAAAAAACAAACUGCUUUUCAGCACAAAAACUGCUAUUUCAGCUUUAUUUUCUUUUCAGACUUCUGAAUGAAUUUACUUAUGAACUUAACCAUCCAUCCAUCUUGGAAGAGGUGCUUGGGAAUUCACUUUUCCGAUUUCUACUAAUUCUUUUCUACUUGUAAAACUUUGUUUGCUUGUUUUAUGUGCAUAAAUUAAAAUUGCUUCAUAUA